AUGGCUAUCCUCAACGCACCAAAUUUGGUGCUAUUGAGCGUCUGGAUCCAGUACCCGAGCGAUGCGGCUAUGGGUGGCUAUGUUCGCACCCCAGGGGCUUUCAGUUUCACCCCAGGCAAGCUUAUUCCACCGAUAAAGGUCCUGGUACUGCACGCAUACGCUGUUGGCCUGGGACGCCUUGACGACUUGGAGCAUAGAAUCCAGAUUCACGCUCUCCGAGAACUCACCUCAACACCUGGCCCGCGGUUGAACCUCCCCGACUUUCUGGCGACGUUGAUGAGAAGCGCCGAACUUCGCUUGGAAGUCCUUGACACACACUGGAUGUACCCCGGCCUUUUGAAUCUACCGACGCGCGGUUGGCCCGCAGUCUUCGAAGCUUUUCUUCUGCAUUUCAAAGGCUUGAAGAAGCUGGCAUUGAAAGGUGCGAUCAUACUGCCGCUGCUCUAUCUGGCGCGCAGUAUUAGCUGGCAUGGCGAGACACUGGAAGUACUGAAACUGCACUACUCCGACGCUGUUCGCAGGCCGCCAUCCCGCCUCAUUCGGCGACAGCGAGCUACUACCGCCAGGGACAUCGAAAAUCUCUGUGAGAUGUGCCCACGCCUUCGAACACUAACAUUAGGUCUUCACUUUGGCGAUGGGACCUCUAUCAUUCCUAAAUUCGGCAGUAGUGUCAUGCGUCACGCCAACGAUGACAUCAAGUGGGAGAACGAGCAUCGUAUGAUGUGGCACAUUAAGUACCCCCAAUUUGACGAGACUUACGCGGACAUCAAGGUCUGGGAAUCGAUUCACCACAGGGAGGGAGUCCGGAUGGAGGAUGGACUAGAGAUGACGACUACGAAUCUGCCUAUGAGGCAAACGACGGACAUGUGGCGUUAG